UUUGUUCUGGAACGGCCACGUGUUAAACUGGCAGGUCAAUCAUCUGUAGCAGUGAACCAAAGCACUCUCCCUCAAUCUUUCAAAUGGCAUGGAGGUUCGCAUUCGCACCACCUCUUCAACCUUCUCUCCUCACUAUAAAAUUCAACCCCCCAAACUCCUUUUCCAUUUUUGGCAAAUCUCUCAAAUCUUCUAUGCUCGAGAGACUCCUCAUUUCUUCCUCAUCUCGCUACUGCUUCUCCAAAAAACCCAUCAAAUUCCACUUGCUUAAUACUACUCCCUUUUUUCGUCGGCACAUUCACUCUCUGAGUGUUCUUGCCAUGGCUGAACAGUCAUCAUCCAGCAGUUCUUCCCAGGCGGCCCAUAAGCAUAACAAUCGUCUUACCUCUGAACAUAGUCCUUAUCUUCUUCAGCACGCCCAUAAUCCGGUUGAUUGGUAUCCAUGGGGUGAGGAGGCCUUUGCUGAAGCUCGCAAAAGAGAUGUCCCUAUCUUUUUGUCAAUUGGUUACAGCACGUGUCAUUGGUGUCAUGUCAUGGAAGUUGAAUCUUUUGAAGAUGAAGAGGUGGCCAAGUUGCUAAACGAUUGGUUCGUUAGCAUCAAGGUUGAUAGAGAAGAGCGUCCAGAUGUUGACAAGGUGUACAUGACAUAUGUGCAAGCUUUAUAUGGUGGUGGCGGUUGGCCACUAAGCGUCUUUCUUUCACCUGAUUUGAAGCCCUUGAUGGGUGGGACUUAUUUUCCUCCUGAAGACAAAUAUGGAAGGCCAGGAUUUAAAACUAUACUUAGGAAAGUGAAGGAAGCGUGGAACAGCAAGAGAGAUAUGCUUGUCCAGAGUGGGGCCUUUGCAAUAGAACAAUUAUCGGAGGCAAUGGUGGCAGUUGCUAUAUCAAAUAAACUUUCAGAUGAGGUUCCGCAAAUCGCACUGCGUAAAUGUGCUGAUCAUCUAGCAGAAAGCUAUGAUUCAAAUUAUGGUGGUUUUGGUUCUGCACCCAAAUUUCCACGGCCAGUUGAGAUGCAAUUGAUGCUUUACAGCUCAAAGAGGUCUAGGGAGACUGGAAAAUCAGAUGAAUCCAAGAAUGCUCUAAAAAUGGUCUUGUUCACUUUAGAAUGCAUGGCGAGGGGUGGUAUCCGUGAUCAUGUUGGAGGUGGUUUUCACAGAUACAGUGUGGAUGAAUGUUGGCAUGUUCCACAUUUCGAGAAAAUGUUAUAUGAUCAGGGUCAACUUGUUAAUGUCUAUCUCGAUGCUUUUUGUAUCACAAAGGAUGUGUUUUAUUCAAGCUUGUCUCGUGAUAUCCUUGACUACUUGAGGAGGGAUAUGACUGGUUCAAAUGGUGAAAUAUUUUCGGCUGAAGAUGCUGAUAGUAAUGAAUCUGAAGGUGCAUCACGGAAAAAGGAGGGUGCUUUCUAUGUCUGGACUAGCACCGAGGUUGACAACAUUGUUGGCGAGCACGCAACGCUUGUCAAGGAUCAUUACUAUGUAAAACCCUCAGGUAAUUGUGAUCUUUCAAGGAGGAGUGAUCCACAUAAUGAAUUCAAGGACAAAAACGUGCUAAUAGAAAGAAGUAGUACCUCUGCAAUGGCAUCAAAACAUGCUUUGCCUGUCGAGGAGUAUCUUGAUAUCCUGGGGAAUGCUCGCCGGAAACUUUUUGAUGUGAGGUCGAAACGCCCCCGACCGCAUCUGGAUGAUAAGGUUAUUGUAUCAUGGAAUGGACUAGUGAUUUCAUCUCUCGCCAGGGCGUCAAAAAUCCUCAAGGGAGAACCUGAGGGAACAAGAUUCUACUUUCCUGUGGCAGGCACGAAUCCCAAGGAGUACAUGGAUGUUGCUGAGAAAGCAGCAUAUUUUAUCAGGAAAUACCUUUAUAAUCAACAGACGCGUAGGCUGCAGCACAGCUUUAGGAAUGGUCCUUCCAAAGCACCUGGAUUCCUAGAUGACUAUGCAUUUUUAAUAGCAGGUCUACUGGAUCUUUAUGAGUUCGGUGGUUCAGUCUUCUGGUUGGGUUGGGCACUCGAACUUCAAGAGACCCAAGACGAGUUAUUUCUCGAUAAAGCUGGAGGAGGUUACUUCAGCACAACUGGUGAAGAUCCUUCUGUUCUUCUCCGUCUGAAAGAAGAUCAUGAUGGAGCAGAGCCUUCAGGGAAUUCUGUUUCAGUGAUUAAUCUAGUGAGAUUUGCCUCUAUGGUUGAUGGUGACAAAUCCAAACAUUACAGAGAGACUGCAGAACAUGUUCUGGCGGUUUUCGAAAAGAGGUUGAAAGAUGCAGCUGUUGCUGUGCCACUGAUGUGUUGUGCAGCAGACAUGUUGGCUUUUCCUUCCAGAAAGCAAGUAGUUGUAGUUGGACAGAAGUCUUCUGAGGAGUUCGAAAACAUGGUUGCUGCUGCUCAUUCAGCAUAUGAUCCUAACAAGACGGUUAUUCACAUCGAUCCAACUGAUUUGGAAGAGACAAGAUUUUGGGAAGAAACUAACGGAAAUAUUGCUUUGAUGGCGAAAAACAAUGCUGCUGCGGACAAAUUAAUUGCCCUGGUUUGUCAAAACUUCGCAUGUAGUCCUCCAGUCAGUGACCCGAAAUCUCUUGAAUCAUUGCUCUCGCAGUAAAUACUAAAAGCUUUGGUUUAGAGUAGUUCAAGGGUAUAUACAUAGAGCUGUCACCAAUAAGGUUCUGCUAUGGUGGCUCUGUUGUCUUGCGAACCAAGUGUACUAUAGUUCAUUAGCUUUGGCUAAGGGUUAGUUCAAAGAUAUGUGUACAUAACAAACCAGAUACUGAGAUCAGAUGUUAGUUUAAUGAAUGUGCUACAAUAGGGUUCUGGUGUGGUGGUUCUUUUUUCAUGUUAGUAAACACUUAAGUUGUGUCUAGUACUGCAAUAUUUUUCCAUUGAUAGUGCUAGAGAGGAGUAUUAAAUUUGUAACUUUAGACUUGUUCAAGUAAAUAUUAAUAGUUUAUGUCUAUUAAAUAGUUUUA